CGCCAGUCCAAUCGCCAGGUGCCCGCCUGUCAUCGCGGAGUGUCGCGGAGUGCCCCGUCGCCAUCGCCCCCAUCGAGGCCAUUGAGUCCGAGGGGUCCCUGCGGGGAGCAGCCGCCAGCAGCCGUGCCACCCCAGUCAGUCCGAGUCCGCCCUCUUCCCAGUCGCCACGCGCCGCGCGCCACGCGCCGCCACGCCGAGUCGGGCCUAAGGCUGUUCGCGCCUCGCGCAGUGCCAGUGAUUGUACGCAGUGUGUGGUGACAGUGAAACAGUGCAGCAGUGCACCAGUGAUGUGACAGUGACUGGAUACGCCCCGCCCGCGCCAACCACGCCGCAGGCCAACCAGGCCAACGGAGGGCUGAUCUUUGUCGACGAGCAACACAGCAGCACCAGCAACCAUGGCGCCAAACCCCGCGCCGCGCCUCACGCGCCAGCUCACCAAGCAGUACAUCAGGGUGGGCCAGUCCGCCAAGAACAGGCUGUUCGGCGUGGCGCCGCACUUCAUGCAGCGAGACAACGGCUCCGGUGACAAGAAGCCCCUGCAGAUGCUCGUGUCGGAGAAGGGCCGCAUGUCAUCAGUGAAACUGGGAGUGAUCCUGGUUGGAGCGUUUUUAGUGGCGAUAGGAAUUUUACUCUCGUCGGUCCCCUGGGUCGAUUUCAUCAUCCUGAAGAACUUGAAGAUAUGGAACGGCACCUUGGCGUACUCCUACUGGCAGAAGCCCGGCGUCAUUCGGCUCACCAAGGUCUACGUGUUUAACAUGACGAACCAGGACGGCUUCCUGAACAACGGCGAGAAGCCUCUCCUGCAGGAGAUCGGCCCGUUUGUCUACAGAGAGGACAUGGAGAAGGUGAACAUUGCGUUCCACGACAACGGCACCGUCAGCUUCCAGCAUCGCAAGAUCCUGCGCUUCGUCCCGGAGAUGUCGGUGGACCGAAAAACCAAGAUCGUGCUGCCGAACAUUCCCUUACUGACGCUGUCCACGCACGUGUCCAGCUCGUUCCCGCUGGUGCAGUUCGUGGUGAGCACGGGCGCGCGCACGAUGGGCCUCAAGCCCUUCGUGCAGCUGACGGCGGACCAGCUCCUCUUCGGCUACGACGACACGCUGGUGCGCCUAGCGCACAGCGUGUUCCCCAAGCACCUCCGUCCGCAGGCGCAGAUGGGCCUGCUCUUGGGGCGAAACGGCACGCUGGACGAGGUGUCCACCAUCUACACGGGGCACGCCGGCAUGGAGGAGUUCGGCUACAUCGACACCCUGAACGGGCGCAAGGAGCUGCCCUACUGGCAGAGCAGCCCCUGCAACUCCAUCAAGGGCUCGGAGGGCUCAGUGUGGCCACCGCGCGCCGCCACGCAGUCCGACCACCUGUCCGUGUACGACAAGGACCUGUGCCGGGUGCUGCCGCUGACGCGACGCUCCUCCGCCACCGAUGAUGCCUCCGGCAUCUUCGCGGACCUCUACACCCCGUCCGAUGACGCCUUCACGCCGACGGCCCCCGAGAACUUGUGCUUCUGCGAGGACCCCGGCAACCCCGAGUCGUGCCCGCCCAAGGGCCUGCAGAACAUCGCCCCCUGCCAGUACGAGGCCCCGGUCUACUUGUCGUACCCGCACUUCCUCGACGCCGACCCGACCCUGGUGGAGGCCGUGAACGGCCUGAACCCGGACCCCGAGGUGCACGGCACCUUCUUCAAGAUCCAGCCCAAGCUGGGCGUCACCAUCUCCGCCAAGGUGCGCGUGCAGGCCAACCUGUGGGUGCGCAACGCGGCGCACGUGGGCGCCGUCUCCAAGUUCCCCACCAUCGUGUUCCCGCUCAUGUGGCUGGAGGAGGGCGUGGAGGAGCUGACGCCCGCCAUCCAGCGCUGGGUGUACCUGGCCACGACGGUGGCAGAGACGGCCGUGCCCGUGUGCACGUACGGCGCCAUCGUGGUGGGGCUGGCGAUGCUGGCGGGCGUGUUCGUGCAGUCGUACCGCAAGGUGGUGUUCACGAGGGAGAACCUGGAGAAGGGCAAGGAGAAGCUCAGGAGGGGCUCGUCCUUCCUCGUCAACGGCCAGCACCGGCUACUCAUCCUCAGGGAUUCGUACUCGCUGCUCAACGCGACGCCGGAGGACGCCACAGAUAUGGACCCGGACCCGGGGAGGGAUAGUCCCUGAGUCUGCGUCUGCGAGGGCCUUCCCUCUCGCUCCCUGGGGUCCGUCCUGCAGGGCCAUUCUAGUCCACAAUCAACUUAAUUUAUUGGAAGCUGUGAUCUGCUGCGCCGGGCCCGGCCGCCCGGCCUCUGGGGCCACACAUUGUGCACGGCUUACGGCUCGCGCGUUGCUCCUGAUUUUUGCGCUGUGUUAGGAGGUCCUCUGUUAGGUCCAUACGUUAGUUUGUAAGCGGACAGGGUCAUGGGGAGGAAGCGGUUCCUGCCAUCCUCUGCGGGGUUUCGACUGCCGGUUUGAGUCUCCUGGAGGCGGAAGGUCUACCGAUCCCCCCUUUUUUGUUUAAUCAAUUUGCUCUCUUUACGAGGUAAAAAACGCUAUUUGCUCACACUUGGGCUGGUUUGCUCUCGCAAAUCAGCCUCCUACGUUGCUCACGAUUUUUAGAAUUUUAACAAAUAUCUUAAUUCUAAGGAUAGCUUUUUGUGUGUUAACAAAUUUCUCUAACUCUCUGUUAUCUAUUUUCUGUUGUAAGGAUUAGUGUAUUCAUUCAUCCAAAUAUGACUGUGAUCAUUAAUUAAAAUUUUGUUUAUAAUGCUCAAUGCUUUUCUGUUAUCUUAGGAAAAUUAAUAAUGUGAAGAAUACAUUUAAAUGUAUUAAGCCAAUCAUACAGACCAUUACUAUUUAUAUUGCAUGUGCUGUGCCAAUCUUUGAGCAAAACAUUUUUGAGGCACCUAGUGGAACCUCCCUCAAUUUCAUUUUACUUGUUUCCCUACCAAUGUCAAACUCAAUUUACCAUAAUGUUCCUUCUGUCAUGAGAACAUCAUAAAAAUAUAAAAUGAAUUUGCAGCGAGAUUUGAUAUAUCAACUCAGUUUUGUGUAAUUUUACUCUUACAAAUAGCGUAAUUUUAACUAUUUAUGGAGUUGUGAGCGUGUAAGUCCCUUGUCAAAGCCCAGUAGGAGAUGAAAGUAUUUCAUAGACUGAACUUUACUAUUGGUGCUGAGUUUUAAUAGAAAAUAAUGUACAAAGAUAUUUUAAUGAGUUUAUGUUUGUUCAUAGAUAGACCUUGUUGUUUUUCAAAAUUAUAGUGCCAGAUUUUUACUCCAAAUGGAACAUACUAUGACAACUUUGUCUCUAAAUUUGCACUAUAAUGUGAAGCUCAAGUUGCUGUGAUGGAUGCUACAUAUUUUGUGUGUGUAUUGUGUAUGUAAAUAAAUAGAACACAGUAGUUUUCA